UUGAACGAGGAAACUUCUACUUGUGUGAGAAUAUCAAAGUGUCAAUUUGUGAUUGGUUAGUGAUUCCGGUAAGACUAUUUAAAAAAUAUUCUCAAUCUCCAAUUUUCCACGAGUUUUCCCAGCAAAUUGCCACGGAAUUUCCAUCAACAACGAGACGUGGGUUAAUUAUCUAAUUGCCAAGAUACAAAUUUUUGUGCUCAAAAAGUAUUUAAGUGCUAAACUUCGCGAGAGGAGGAAAAAAGAUUUUAUGUGAUUAGGAUUUUUUUUUACCAAAAAUUACGAACUUUUCUGCAAAAACUAAAGGAUUUUCUUGGGAGUCCUUAAGUGAUUUGAGGAAUUAGCCUAAUUAGCAAUUUAAUUUGUCGCUAAGAAAGCACUCGAGAGAGAAAAAAACUUCUUUGCCAAAUGUUGAAGAAGCUGGAAUAUGUUUUUCUCCUGACCACAACUGCCCUCCUUGUUCUUCCGCUGCUGGAGGCUCAAGUAGCCCCACCCACACCCCCAUCGAGCGAAAAGAACGGGAAAAACACAAAACUCCCUCCGUGCAAAUCAUGCCGUGUCUUUGUGGAGUCCUUUGAGAGUGGCAUGAGGAAGACAGAGAGGAAUAAGCACGAUGGGGGUGAUGCUGCAUGGGAAGAGGAACGUCUGGGAAGCUACAAGACGAGCGAAGUGCGUCUUGUGGAAAUUCAGGAGUCCCUGUGCAAUGAUGUGACACGCGGAACAGCUCAAUGCCACAAUCUCGCCGAAGAGAAUGAGCAGCUAAUUGAAGAUUGGUGGUUUAAGCAUCAGAAUGAGGAGCCGGACUUUUUUAAAUUCCUCUGCAUCGAUAAACUAGCUGUAUGCUGUCCUGAUCUUCAUUUUGGACCCAAUUGCGAUCCCUGCUCGGAUUGCCAUCCCAAGGAGCACGCCGACUUGAUUGAAAGUGAUUCUGACGAUUCAGAAACUUAUGAGGAUGGUGAGGAUGAACACAAUAAUGAAGAUUCAUUUCAAGAUCAACUGGCUGGCUGGAUUAUUACAAAUGGUAUUACACAUGCCGCUUCUAAUCAAUUACUUAAACUCUUGAAAACAAAAGAAUGCUUAAAAAAUUUGCCAUCGGAUUGCCUCUGUGAUACAGGAUACGCCGGCGAGGGAUGCACAGAGUGUGCAAUGCAAUUCUACGAAGCAUUCCGCGAUGAGGAGAAGAUUCUCUGCUCACCCUGUCAUGCAGCUUGUGCCAAUAGCACAGGAUGCCGGGGUCCUGGUUCGAGAAAUUGCAAUUCCUGCGCCAAGGGAUGGGCUCCUGUGUCCGGGGGUGAGGGUAGUGGGUGCAUGGACAUCAAUGAGUGCCUCGAAGUACGAAAUGCCUGCGAGAGGAAUCAAUUUUGCGUCAACAACGAAGGUUCCUUCUCGUGCAUUGAGUGCGAUAGAUCCUGCAGUGGAUGCACAGGUGAUGGACCUGAUCUCUGCAAUACCUGUGCUGAAGGAUACGAGCUCAGGGAUGGCCUAUGCACUGACACAGCUGGUGAGAAACGGGAUCAAUAUGUUACGAUGACGAGGUAUCUAACUUACCUGGGACUCUGCAUUGCGACCUGUGUGAUCUUCCAGAGUUCCACGUGGAUUGCCUCCCUUGUGGGACUCGCCGUUGCUCUCUACAUCUCCGUCUCUGAGUACUGGUUGGCUGGAUCAACCAGCAAGGGUACAAGUCCAACAAUUCCUGAUCAUUUGCUGAAUGAAUUGCGCGGCAAGUGAACUAAAGUUACCUCCAAGACUGUUUUAUAGUUACACGAUAGAAAAACUAAAACAAAUAAAAUUCCACCUCCUCCAUAAUUUUCCCGGAUAGGGAAAUGUUGUGCUUCAAGGAAGUGGAACAAAAGAAAGGAAUGAAAAAAAAAAAUACGAAAGUUAAGAAAAGUGCGUCAAGAAAAUUUAAUUUGUGCACAAAAAGAUUUAAAAUAAGGCAAGCUUAAGAAACUCGUUUCAACAUCUUUCUAGGCGCGUGUGUGCGUGGAUUUAGGAAUAUGACAAUUUUUCUUAAUUUAUUUGCCUUCUGCCCAUUUAGGCGACACAUUUAAAAUUAUAUAUGAAUAUAUAUAGUCAUCACGGCAAUUUCGUGGUGAUGCGCGAAGAGACAAAAUCGCAAGAUAAAUAGCUAUUAAAUCAAGUUUUUCUCGUUU